GCAGACAGAGCUAUUUGAUCCAUUCCUGUACCAAAACUAAUCUAGAGUAGGGUUUUGUUCCUGAGCUCUUCCGGCUUUUCCGCCAAAGAAUGCUACUUUCCGGCGCAUUGAACUGAAAAGAUGGUAUUUUGGCAUAGAAUUAGCCAAUCUAAGCUUAAACUCAUACCCCAACAAUUCAAGAGAUAUUACUUCCAAAUUUCCCACGUCUCCCCUCUCAAUGACAGAGGAGUCUCUGUAUUAGGGAAGCCUUAUUGGUAUAUACACAAGAAACCCACUGAUUUUUGCAAUAAUGUCAGGUUUUUUGCUGCUCCUGUUCAGGUUAAGCCAAAGAAGGAAGAGGCAGGCAAGGAUGGACCUCGCUUGAAUGAGCAAAUCACAGCUCAGUUUGUUAGACUGGUGUCAGAGGAUGGGCAUACUGUUGUCUCAAGACAGGAAGCACUGCAACGUGCUAAGCAACUGAAACUUGAUUUAGUUGAGGUUCAAAGCUCAGCUAAACCGCCUGUUUGUAAAAUCAUGGACUUUCAUCAUGAAAUAUACAAAAGACACUUAGUUGAAAAGGAUCGUGCUAAAGCCAAGGCUGGAGUUAGCAUGAAGAAAGGAGCUGGCAAAGAAGUUCGUUUUACUCCAAAAAUAGAACAAAAAGACCUGGAGAUGAAGGCCAAUACAAUCAAAAGAUUGAUGGAAAGUGGUUACCGGGUGAAGUGUAUGGCUGUGGGCAAGGGUAAGGAAGGUGAAGAUGAGAACUUGGGAGAAUUGUUGUCUCGUCUUACUCAUUUGAUUGAAGAUGUGGCUCUUGUGGAGAGUGGACCUUUUAUAGAGAAAAGGCAGGCAUAUGUAGUAGUCAGGCAUGUAAAAUUUGGUCCUCCCAAGAAAGGUGCUGCAAAAAAAUUGACUGCUGUUGGAGAUAUCAGCAAACCAGCAGCCAUCAAUCCUCAAAGCAAUGUGCUGUCUGAAGAUAAUUCUCAGCAAUCUGUGUCACCAUCUGAAGAUGAAAAUGAAAUACCUUCUGAUGCAGAUGAUGUGUGUAUACAAAUGCAUGAUGAAAACGUGACUGCUUGGUCAGUUAAGGAUUCAGAUCAUGAUUUUGAGAAUGUAUUUGAUUUUAAGGCUCCAAAAGAAAGGGCCAUGGCAAAUUCCAUGAAUGAAGAGACAAGAGCUGCACUACAAACAGUAAACCUCCCUCAAACUGGAGAUGCUUCAAACUUUGUACGGACCAAACCAGCUGUUGAGUUUACAAGAGCAAACAAAUUUCAGCACUCCCAUGCAGGGAGUUUACCAGAUACUGAGAAUAGAUACAAAAGAAGUGAGCCAAGGGGUCAGUUCUCAUCUCCAAGUGCAAAUAUAUUUCAACCCUCCCAUCCUGGGAGUUCCCCUGAGACUGAGAACCGAUACAAUAGAAGUGAACCAAGGAGUCAGUUCCCACCUCUGAGAGCAAAUACCAUUCAACCAUUUCCCCCUGGGAGUUCCCCUGAUACCGAGAACAGAUACAAAAGAAGUGAACCAAGGAGUCAGUUCUCACCUCCUAGAUCGAUGGAUUACCAGGUGCAGGCUAAAAGAGAGCCAUUCAGGCCAGAACCUCAGUUCCCAUAUCAAAGGCGGCAACCACCACAUGAAACGAAUAAUGCCUCAUCCUCAGUUGGACAGACGAAGCAAGUUGCAGAUAAUGAAUCUGCCCUUAGAAACUCAAAGCCUUCUCAGAAAACAUCAAGUUAUGGGAUAUUCAGCACUCCAAAAACAAAUCCUCCAGGCACAGAAGGCAUACCAGCAGGUGAGCAUCAGAACCGUGGCCCUGGAGGGAGUCAGAACUUUCCCGGUUCAAAACCUGAUGAUAGUCAGAGUGGAGGUAAGAGUGACAAAGGGGGAUUUGGAAUAUUCAGCAGACCAAGUAUGACCACGACUCCAAGUAGAAUAUCUAAGCCAAACUAGUGAGUUUGUUAGAGACAAUACAAUAUACUCGCAGCCUGAGGCAAAGGAGGUGUAGUUAGAACAUAUGCUCAUCAUUUUUUGACCAAUUGCUUAUGUCAUUUUUUCCAUAGUAACUAAUUUCUUGAAAUUGUCUUGCCUUAAGGGCUAGAAGAAAUUGUUUUACAUAUUUCUGCGUUUGCCGCUAUGGCAUGGAGUAUUAUUGCUCAUUAAUAAAUGAAUCUGAAUUUC